AUGGAGACCGAAGCGCCAGAUGGCCUCCGGCGUCUCCAGGACUACACCAGGCAGGCGGCUGCACAGGUGAAGGCCCUCCUGGACCACAACAACCUCCCGACCGAUCUCCAGCUGCACCGCUACAUGCGAGAGCUGGUGAAGGCCCUCUCCAUCCUCACCCGGGGCGCCCCGGAGGGGCUGCGAAGGGAGGUGGCCAAGCCUUUUGAGGGCGUCUGGGAUUUCCAGGACAACGCGCCCUUGGCCACGCCCCUCAAGGUGGAGCACCUUGUCUUUGUCCUGGAGUCGUUGGAGUCCCUGCUCCUGGCGGGCCGCGAGGUCAUGGGCGAAGUGGCGGUGCGAGAGAUCAACUACGACGCUAGGCGGCUCAUUGCCAAGACACCCUUGGCCAAGGCGCGCGAGCUGACGCUCAACGCGCAGCUGAUUCGGGGCAUUGAGGUCCACUUCUCCAUGCGCCUGGCGGAUGACCGGAGCCACCACAUCUUCGCGUGGUGGUUCCGGUAUGGCGACCGCAACGUGCACGAGACUGUGUUGUACUGGGACGAGAACUUCGAGUAUGGGGACUCUGAGGACAUGAGCGAUGGCGAAGAGGACGGUCCCAGUCCGACGUGA